UCUGACUGUCCAUGAGCGAAGGGUGAGACCGAGAGUGCAGCACCGACCCGAGGGCACCUCUUCAGGGGGAGCCUGAAAUUUGAAGAUUUUCUUUCCUGUCGGAGACUCCAGAUAACUAGAAAAAACUAUCCAAGAUGACUGUCACUUACUCCAGUAAAGUAGCAAAUGCGACCUUUUUUGGAUUUCAUAGGUUACUUCUCAAGUGGAGAGGCAGCAUCUACAAACUACUGUACAGGGAAUUUAUUGUUUUUGCUGUUCUUUACACAGCAAUAAGUUUGGUGUACAGAUUGUUACUUACAGGAGCCCAAAAACGUUACUUUGAAAAAUUAUCAAUUUACUGUGACAGAUAUGCUGAACAAAUUCCAGUAACCUUUGUGCUUGGGUUUUACGUUACUCUAGUAGUGAACCGAUGGUGGAACCAGUUUGUGAAUCUGCCCUGGCCAGACAGGCUGAUGUUCCUCAUCUCCAGCAGUGUCCACGGAAGUGACCAGCAUGGGCGCCUUCUCAGAAGGACGCUGAUGCGCUACGUAAAUCUCACGUCCCUUCUCAUCUUCCGCUCUGUGAGCACCGCUGUGUACAAAAGGUUUCCAACUAUGGACCACGUAGUGGAAGCAGGUUUCAUGACAGCAGAUGAAAGGAAAUUAUUUGACCACCUCAAAUCUCCUCAUCUGAAAUACUGGGUUCCAUUCAUCUGGUUUGGAAAUCUUGCUACUAAAGCCCGGGAUGAAGGUAGAAUCAGAGACAGUGUUGAUCUUCAAUCAUUGAUGACUGAAAUGAAUCGAUUCCGCUCUUGGUGCAGCCUCUUAUUCGGUUAUGACUGGGUUGGGAUUCCACUGGUUUAUACUCAGGUUGUCACUCUUGCUGUCUACACCUUCUUCUUUGCGUGCCUGAUUGGACGCCAGUUUUUGGAUCCCACCAAAGGCUACGCGGGGCAUGACUUAGAUCUUUACAUUCCAAUCUUUACUCUCCUACAAUUCUUCUUCUAUGCAGGAUGGCUCAAGGUGGCUGAGCAGCUUAUCAACCCUUUUGGAGAAGAUGAUGAUGAUUUUGAAACUAACUGGUGCAUUGAUAGAAAUUUGCAGGUCUCUCUUUUAGCUGUGGAUGAAAUGCACAUGAGCUUACCCAAGAUGAAGAAGGACAUUUACUGGGACGAUUCUGCUGCUCGACCACCAUACACACUGGCAGCAGCUGACUACUGCAUACCCUCAUUUCUGGGGUCAACAAUCCAAAUGGGGCACUCUGGGUCGGACUUCCCCGGUGAGGAGUGGCUGUGGGACUACGAGAAGCACGGCCAACGGCACUCGGUGAUCAGGAGGGUCAAGCGGUUCCUGAGUACCCACGAGCACCCCGCCAGCCCCAGGAGGAGGAGCUUCGGGAGGCAGGCCAGCGACAGCUCCAUGUUCUUCCCGCUCAGCCCGGCCCGUGACCUGCUGGACGUGCCCUCGAGAAACCCCCACAGGGCCUCGCCCACCCGGAAGCAGUCCCAGUCCCUGGAGGGCAGCCCCAAGAUGCACUCCAGCAUGGGAGAGCUGUCCACAAUCAGGGAGACCAGCCGGACCAGCACUCUGCAGAGCCUGACCCCGCAGUCCAGUGUGCGGGCCUCCCCCACCAAAAUGCCGCAGGUCCCGGAGGUACUGGUCACCGAGGCUGAAGCACUGGAGCCCUCGUACGACGGCCACCACCACGACUCCACUACCUCCAUCCUGAGCUUGGAAUUCACCGGGGUUCAGCCCAGCAGGACUGGGCAGCAGGAGGAGCCGGCGGGACUCCUGACCCCCUCGGAGAAGGGGACCCCUCCUGGGGGGCCUAGUCCUCAGACUGGUCCAACCAGCGACGAGAGACACCUUUUCCUGUUUGAGGAAGACUCUGAUGCUGACAGGUUCCUGAAAAGGUGGAGUCUCCCAGAGUUCCGCGAGUCCGGCCACACCUCCCUGGCAAACCUGGGUCCAGAUCCCCUGAGCCCCGCGCCGGCUCUCUUGAUCGACACCGAAACGUCUUCAGAGACCAGUGGAACCAACCUUGGGGCUGGCUCUGGCGUCUCCCCUGAUAUGCUGUACUUAAUGGAAAACCUGGACGCCAGGGAAACCGAUAUCAUAGAAUUUAACACCGAGCAAACUGAGGAGUCUCCUAAAGGAAUGCCACAAAGUUCUAGGACCUAGUUCUAGCCUAGAUUCGCACUUUACCAAAAGCUCAGGAUUAGUCCCAGAAUACCCCAGGGGCUGGCCUUUUUUUUUUUUUUCCCAAAAAUCAUAUCACAUAAGCUACUUAGAACUUUGAAGGGCAUUAUGAUCCUUUUUGAAAACCAUAAAAAUCAAAUUCACAUCAUCCCAAAAUGGCUAUCAUGGAAGCUAUGCAGGCCAUAUUGAAUUGUCUUAACCAAAUAAGGAAUCUUGUAUAAAUAUUUAUGACUUAGAAAUUCACAGUUCUUAUCUUUGGAAAGGGUCUUGCGGAUCAUAGUCCAAUCCCUUAGAUACAAAAAACAAGACAAAGAUUCUCUUUCCUCUUUUUUUCUUCCUUCCUUCCUUCCUUCCUCUUGCCCGCCCUUCCUUCCUUCCUUCCUUCCUUCCUUCCUUCCUUCCUUCCUUCCUUCCUUUCUUCCUUCCUUUCUUCCUUCCUUCCUCCCUUUCUUCCUUCCUUCCUUCCUUCUUUUCUUUAACUGAAGGGACAGGAGAUGGAUCACAUAAUGCCCAAAGGCUCUUUUAUAUUUACAAUACUUUGGGGCUUUCUAACGAUCUCACUCCCACUUUUCUAUAACUAUUACUAUUAUCAUUUUCUAAUUCUUAAGCUCCAUCAGUGUCAGAAAACUUCAUUUCUCUUCACUCUUCUUUUUUUCUCUCUUUCCUUUUUAUUCUGUUAUCCAAUUUUUUCCUUUCCCUUCUCCCUUGUGUCGCUCCUUCUCCAUGACUCUCACCUGUCCUACCUUUCAGGUUAUAGUAUUUUAUUUUUCCAGCUCUGUUGCUUGCUUCUUGCCAUGGUGUUCAAAAUAUGAGGAACUGGCAAAACAUCCUACCAAAUAAUCAAUGAUGUUAACAUCUCCCACUCUUCUAGCCUCAUCAUAGAAGGGGUGUUGGAGUUGAUGGUGUCCCACCAUUCUCUCAAAGCCAUUGCUAUUUCUUUCUGUUUCCACUCUUUAAUCUUGGACACUGGAGAAAACUGAAGCCAAGAGGAUAUGAAACUUGCAUGACCGAAUGCUAUGGAACCAAAGAAUAGCCUGGCUCAAAUCUGUUUAACUUGAACUCUGAAGCAAAAAUCCCUUGUGUCACAACAUGGGACCAGUUACUGUGUCUUACAGGUCAUUUGAAAUGAAAGAGGAUAUUGGAGCUGGGUGGAUAAUGGGGUCCACGACAGCAUGGUGGGAUCUGGAUGUUGACUGAUCUCUUAGGGUAACCAUUUGUUGCAAAUCUGCAAGGACUUGCCGGAGGCUCACCACUCUCAGCAUCUGUUGUCUGAUAAAGCCUGACUACCUAUGGCUGAAGAAAUAAAGUCACCCAAAUAGGUACCAUUUACUGAGUGUUCACAGUGUUCCAGGCAUGGCCUGCAAAGUUCGGAGAUGAUCUCUCUAAUCCCCACAGGAAUCCGAUGAGAUCAAUAUGCUAUUCUAUUCAUUUUAAAGAUGAAGAAGAGCUGUUGAAGAAGUAAUGUGUCUAAAAUCUCACAGCCAGGCUUACCGGCCUCAAGAGCCCGCACCCUUAACCACCGUGCUUCCUCACUACCCUGCACUGUUAAAGCCCUGACUCUACCUGCGGUUUUUCUGGCAUUCUUCUCCAAGGGCGCUGUAAUGGUUUAGAUGUGAGUUGUCCUCCCAGAGCUCAAGUGCGACACAAUGCAAGAAAGUUCAGAGGUGAAAUGACUGGGUUACGAGAACCUUAACCUUUUCACACAUUAAUGCCCUGAGGUAGAUUAAUGGGCAGUAACUGUAGGCAAGUAGGGUGUGGCUGGAGGAAGUAGGCCAGUAGGGGCAGGCCUUUGGGGUUUAUCAUUUGUCUCUGGUGAGUGGAGUGCUCUCUGCUGCCUGGUUGUCCUGCUCUGCUUUCCUCCACCACACCCUUUGCCAUGAUGUUCUGCCUGCUCUUGUACCCAGAGGAAUGGAGUUGGUCCUCUACAGACUGAGAUCUCUGAAAUCACGAGUGCCAAAUAAACUUUUCCACCUCUAAAAUUGUUCUUAUCAGGUCUUUUGGUCCCAGUGAUGAAAAGCUGACUAAAACAAGAGCUCUACCCAAAUCGCAGUUCACGCUGAAUCUCUCCAGCCUGGGAGGCUUCUGUGGGUCCUCCUGCCUAAGUCUACCUGCAUCUUUCAUGCAUUCACAGAGGAGAGUAGUGCUCCAAUUUUGAACCCUAGUCACAGUCCUCUUCAUUUUCCAAGACAGAAGAAAGCUGGUGGGAUCCUUCUCUCCCUCUCCCCACUCCUCCUGAUGUGCAGUACUAUCAUUAGUGUGUUUUCAUAAGACUUCCAAUCUCAGUGGGCUUCUUAAGCUACAUGAGAGCAAUGAUUUUACUUUCCACUAGCUUUUCUCAAAGAACUUAAUGGAAAUAAUAUUAGAAGAAAUGCUGUAUAUUGAUGGUUCUCUAUAUCGGUUGAUAGAGCAUUGGGAGAGCAUUAACAUUCCCAAAGCAUUACAUACAGACUGUGGGAUCAAGCCCCAAUAUGAGACUUCUAAAAGGACACAACCCUAUGCUUCUUCCAGUCAUCAGCCUCUUCAUGCAGUUUUCUUGAGUGUCUCAACUUAUGUCCUUUCCUUCUUUUUGGCUCUAUGUAUUGUUCAAAUUCAAAUAAAUUUCCACUUAGUUUCUUUUAAAAUAUAAUCAAUUUUCAUUCCUAAAUCCAAGGUGAUAAAUUGUACACAAAUCAAAUAACACAUUUUGUGGAGGGAUAGGAGAGUGUUUGUUUAACCUCUACUUCCAUCCUUCCCUUAUGCAUCUUCAUCCAGAAAAUUAUUUCAUUUCCUCAGUAUUUCUUCAAAAUUUGAGAUGACCUCCCAUUUUCUCCUUGUGCAGAAAGUUGAAUUGUGACUUGCUCAAUGAGCCCAUCUGGAAGAAAUCAACUAUAAAUUCGAACCAGCAAUUUCCCCAAGCAGAUGAAGAAAUUCUCUAUUCAUUCUAAAAUAACUUUUUACCCAGCACAGACCAAGGUUGCAAAAACAAGGAUUUCUUCUCAUGUGCCUGAUUUCAUUGCCUGUCUAGCUCAUUCUCUCCUGAGCGCUGAAAUCUCACACCACCCUGAUGCAUGGCCCCAAGGGCCUGGUGGCUUAGUCUUCUGGACUUGACCAUUCCAAGAACAGGCUCAGCUUAACUGUAGUCUGCAAGUCAGACAGUGCAAUGGGACCCAGCCCUGUUGGUUUCCUUCUCUCCGUGCUCUCCAGAGAGAAUGCCAGCCUGACACUGGGGUCCAAGUUCAUUAAGGUAACGGCCCACUAACUUUUUCUGUUUUCCAAGAAUUUAGAGAAGACUGGUCGUUAGCAAAACAAAGACAACUGUUCCCUUCCCUUCUUUUAUUAUCUGUCAGCUCCCAACUCAUCACCUCCACUUCUCCAUGUAUCCACUUCUGGCCCUGUUCAGCUAAGCUGCAGAAAACAUUUUAAAUGGAAUGGAGAAAUGUAAAAUUUACCACUAAUGUAAAGAAAAGACUCACUUAAACAUAUCCCCCCUUUUUUUUUCAAUGUUUAUCCCUCUAAUUUCUUUCUUCUCCAGAGAAAUUGAUUCGAUUUUGAGACUUUAUUAUCAUAAAAUCUGCUCACCAAGAAUCUGUGGUGCCCGGGCAGCCAUAUGGUAUAAUGGAAUAAGUACUACAGAACCAGCAUGUGAAUUCUGACUUGAGCAAGCACCUGUCCUUCUGGAUUUCAUAUUUUUGUCUGUAAAAUGUACUGUUCUCCAGAUUGUUUCCCUGGGCCAUUGUGAGGCAUCAGGAGAGAGUGGGUAUGAGAAGAUGGGACCCCAGAUUGCACUGUGUGGACAAUAGGCAAGAUUAGGACUGAUGUCCCUGGGCACUCACCGCAAACUUCUCUGUCCACCUUUGGCAAUUUAUUCUCUGAGAUUCUAGUCUUUUUCAUUCACCAAGCUUUUUUUCUAACAUUCACAGUGUUAAGCUUCCAACUUAUCGAUCAUGUCUUUCUCUUUGGACUUCUUUUUUCUUCCAGAGACUUCCCUACUUCCACAUCUUCCUUCUCUCUGGCAUUUUUUUUUAUCAUUCCUUCACUCACCACAGAAUCCCAGGCCUCAUCACCAUGGCGAUGAUUUCCUCCCCAACCCAUUGUGCGUAUCCAUCCAUUCAAUCGAAACGUGAGACUAGAAAAAAUUAAUGGCACUUGUUCUUUCUACUAUAAAUCUAGAGGAUUUAGAACCCUCAAGGUUCAAGGUUAGAAGACCCUCUUUGGAAUUCUAGUUUCACUAAACCUGGUCUUCUGUCAGCUAAUUAGGAAUAAUAUCUACAACUGUUAAAAAAAAAAUAAAAAAUCCUAAGCAAAUCAGAACCUAAUUCCACCUGCCCUUCCCCUUCACAACACUCCACAUGAUCAGCAAAAGACGUUUUCUGGUGUUCUGUGCUGCAGAUAGAGAACGCCAAGGACUUACUUCUUUCAUCUUAUUAAACUAUACCAGCUAGGUCCUCUAUUCUUUCACCUGCUUUUUGUUUCUCUUAGUUCUAUGAACCCUAAUUCUUAGGAGUCUUUUCCACUGAUAUGGCCAUUGAGUUGAAAGAACCAAUUCAAGAACACCAGAAUUGUCCUGAUUGCAAAUCUUACAAAAUCCAGAAGAAUUCCAACCCACUGACAAAGCUUGAGUGACUUGACCCCAAAAUUCAUGUCUCUCAACAUGUGCAAUCAGCCCAUCUCUGGCCAUGGCAUGUAGAAAAUGAAGAAAUUUCCCUGUAAAAUAGAGACUUGAAUACGAAUUUGCCCAACUAUUCAAUUAGGAAGGUCGGUUUGUUUGUUUUGUUUCUGAAUUAGUUCAGAAAUUGGCCUAAAUCUUCCUUUUACCACAGGUAGAUUUAGCCAGAUGGUUCCCUGGAACCAUCUUCUCUGAGCUUCUCAUUUUAGAUAUUUGCCUAACAGAAGAAGCAAAGGGAAUGCUGCAUCCUGUAUCCUGAAAACAAGAACAUUUCUAAAAUAGAUUUCAUGCAGAAAUUCUGGUGUGUCCCUGGUUCUUUGUGGGCCCGUGGCUCUCAACUAGAUGUGACUUUGCACUCAGGAGACAUUUGGCAAUGUCUGGAGAGGUUUUGGUUGUCACAGGGGCAGUGUUCCUGGCAUCUGGUAGGAAGAGGCCAGAAAGCUGCUAAACAUCCUGCUGUGUGCAAGACAGACAGCACAGCUGUCUGGCCCCAAACAGCAAGCUUAGGCAAUCUGCUUUAGGCUAAAGGAAAGGAGAAAUGAGACAGCUAUCAAGGAGAUUAAUGAUGAGAGAUGAGCUACAGAAAGAAAUAGAACUUAAGAGAACAGAUGAACCCAGCAGCUGCUGAAUCCCUAUUCCACACACAAGCUGUGCAGUAAUCACCAUUUUCUUUUGAUGCUGGAGGAUCAGAUAUCUUGAAUCCAGAGAAACUGGAUUUGAAACCUGAAGUUCACUCUUAGAGAAUUCCUUGGAUGCUGUUACCAGUAGGAGUAAGUGCCACUGCUGGCAUGAUUGUAAUUUUCAGAGAUUGUAGUUGUUUAAAGGGUGACAAUAAUAUAUUCUGCCAAAUAUUAUUUAAGAACUUGUACCAAUAAACUUCUAGACUAUGGAUAGACAACUGAUCCAUCUUUACCUUUUUUAAAUGCCUUGUUCAGGACCAA